GUCCGCGCGCUUUAGAGGCGCACUAGCGGCAUCAUCUCAGGAGACAGAAACAUGAUGAGUCUGCAGCAGACGGCGGUGAAGGCGGACGCGGUUCCGCCGUUGCAGCUCUUUAACUGCGUGCACGCGGACUGUGGCGCGACGUUCACGCGCCGGUGGCGUCUGGAGGAGCACGUGAACGCGCACACGGGAGCGCGGCCACACAAAUGUCCCGUGGAAGAAUGCGCGCGCCGGUUCUCGCGCAGGUCGCACCUCAGCAGGCACGCGCUCCAGCACAAAAGCGCGAGCGUCAGGUGCUCCGUGAUGGGCUGCGGUAGGACCUUCUUCAGCAGGGACAACCUGAAGAGACAUGUCCUCUACACACACGGGGACAAAGACCAGUACUUUAAGUGCAUGUUUCCUGGCUGUGUAAUGACCUUCAGGAAGCGGCGUCUGCUGAAGCUCCACCAGGCCACUCAUGGCAUCUCCCCCAGCUUCAGGUGCUCGAAGGCGAGCUGCAGCAUGACGUUCAGCUCACACAUGGCCCGAAAAGCUCAUGAGAAAACCCACACAGGUUAUCGCUGCCCUCACCCUGAGUGUGGGGUUGUGGAGCGCACCUGGGGGAGAUUACUGAAACACACCACCAAACACCCAGCCUCGCACUCGUGCUCGACGUGUAAGAAGGAGUUUGUGAAGCGUGAGGCUCUGAGGAGACACAGGCGCACUCAUGCCCUGCAGAAGCCGGUGCUCUUGUGUCCGAGUGAAGGAUGUCAGGCGUACUUCUCCACCACCUUCAACCUGCAGCACCACAUCCGCAAAGUCCACCUGAAGCUGUUACGCUAUCACUGUUCCUUCCCCGGCUGCGACAAAGCCUUCGCCAUGAGGGAGAGUUUGGUUCGUCACCUGCUCCAUCACGACCCCGACGCUGCCAGACUCAAGCGGAGACCGAAGCGGAGCAGUAAGAGCUGGCAGAAGCGUCUGGAAGGACGAGGUUCUCGCUCCCUGGUGGAAGAUGAUCUCCGGCGUCUGUUUGCGCUGCGCAUGCGCUUCUCUCGCCGCACCAAGCUGGAGGUCAAUCUCUCCGGAUUAUUCAACGAGCGUAAAAUCCCCCACCACGUCGACCCCGAGGUGAACCUGCGCGACCUCUUCAACAUCAAACCUCCUCAAAAGGUCAAAGGUUAAACCGCGACUACUUUCAUAACCUUACGUUCAGGAUGAGUUUCUAAAUGAUUUCUUCUUCUUUACACUCAGGAUCAGGAUUUUUUUACUUUAUUGGAAUAAAUUGUAGUUGAAAUUUGAGGCUUCAGAUUUUGUUUUAAAGUUAUAAUAUAAAAUCUGUGCAAAAUUGUAUUUCUGGAUAAAAGAAGCUGAGAUUUGAUUUGACUGGAAGUUUCUGUAAAACUCCUGAGUGACUAAUAAACAGACGCUGAAAUGAA